AAAAAAAGAGCUUUAAAAACACAUAGAAAGUAUAAGAUGAGAAAAAAAGGUGACGCUGCGGUUAGGAUAUGUAUGUCAACGCAAUAAACGUGGAUCAGAAAAAGAGAAACCUAAAGAGAAGCUUGUGCAUUAUGCGAACCUUCUCCAGAACGAAUCCUUCACUGAGCUCCUCAAAUAAACAGCGGAAACGACCUCUCAGCGCACGGGAGACACUGUUAAUCGUUAACUCUCAGGCGACGAUCUGUGAAGUACAUUGCGUUCUGAUCACAAAGGAACGCAAUCGCACACGGGCCUUCACACUGUCAUGACACUCAAAGUAGCUUUCCGGCUAAUACAAACAGAAAAAACCCAUGCAUCACAACAAAAACAGCUGUUAAACAGUAAAUCGGGCAACACGUUGUGCGUUUGAUCGCAUUCUAUAAACCCGCUUUAAAGUAACGAAAAGGUAGACAGACAUCCAGACACACAUGCACGCCAUUAGGACAGAUACUUAAGGAUAGUCUGCAACACCGAUAAUCUGAAUCCAAUUCGGUCCUCACAUUUAACCCAGCGUCUCUCACUCAAGCACGCCGACUGCGGCGCCACCUUCUCUCUGGCGGCGGAGUGGGUGUCCCAGCCCCCGCGGCACCUGCCAAUCGCAUUCCUGAGGCGCGCUCACUUCUCAGCCUGCCUGUUCGAACUCGAGUUUACUUUCCCUGGCGGAGCCCCAUGUUGGGCUCGCCUAUGCUGUCGUUACAUUACACGCCUCCUCGCAGCAGCCAUUGAGUCGCCGUGCUUUAUUUUUUUCCAGCUCGACUGGCAAAGCGACAAGAAGGAUCCGCCGCACGCAACAGGACCUGGCGGAUUGCAAAGGGGAGAACCGGCGCGUCGCAUCUGAAAUUAUGGUGACCCUGAGAGAGGGUACCGACAGCCUUUCAGAUCUGGAACAAGAUGACUUGCUAUGGGAGAAGGUUGACAGUGUGCGGCACAAGCUGACCCGCAUUCUCAAUCCUGCCAAAGUCACGCCUUACCUAAGACAAUGCAAAGUGAUUGAUGAGCAAGAUGAGGAUGAAGUGCUCAACUCGGCCCAGUUUCCCCUCAGAAUCAACCGAGCCAGUCAUUUGAUUGAUAUUCUUCAACAGAGAGGGUGCAGAGGCUAUGAAGCCUUUAUGGAGUCUCUGGAGUUUUACCAUCCGGACCUAUACACUCAUAUAACUGGAAGAGAACCUACUCAACGUUGCUCUAUUAUACUGGAUGAAGAAGGUCCAGAGGGGCUAACUCAGUUCCUCCUGGAGGAGGUGAAAAAGCUACGGGAACAGCUGAAAAAUAGCAAGAUAUGCGAGAAGCGCCUGUCUCAGCGCUUUCGUAUGGUUGAAGAAGAGAGGCGACAUGCAGAACAGAGGUUGAAGCAAAUGCAGGAGGAAGAGGCUGUCUUCAACCGCGUACGAAGCGACUGGGAGGCUAACAGUCAAGAACUGAUGCGUGUCAAAGAGCAGAACUACUCUCUUGCCCUGAAGUAUAGCCAGGCAUUACAGGAAAAGGCAGAUGCUAUAAUUCGGGCAAGGGAUCUCCAGCUACAGGUGGAUCUUCUGAAAAACAAGCUACUGUUACUAGAACGGGAAAUCAGCCCUACCCCACAAAAAUACCAUAAAUCUGAUAGUCUGAGCCGGAGCAACAGCUCCACAAAACUCCAGGAGGACAACCAGAAACUUCGCACUCAGCUGAGUGAGCUGCAGAACACCAUAGAGAGAGGUACAGGUAGUCAGGUCCUCCUAGACAUCUUGGAUCAGGAUCGCCGUGAAGCCCUGGAGAAUCGACACGAUCUGUGCAACACCAUCAACUGUCUGCAGACAGAACUGGAGAGAGUUGAAAGCCAACAGAAACAGCUGCUUCAGGAUCGUGAGAAAUUGGAUCUGGAGCUGCAUAUGCUGAAAACAGACCUAGAGAUUGAGAAGAAGAGGAAUGGCUCCUAUCAGAUGCAGCUUGAGGAGAUCGGAAAAGAAAGAGAUCAGGCUUUGCGCAGCCGUGAUGCCAUCCAGUUGCAGUACACAGAGUGUAUGCUAGAUAAGAGUGGCCUGCGAAAGCGCAUUGAAGAACUUCAGGAUGCCAAUGAUGAGCUGCUCAGGCGACGGCUCAGAGCUGAGAGGGAAAGAGAUCAUCUUCUGACCAAGACCGAGUCCAAAAUCCCUUGUCUGCAUUGUAGUCAGAUCUCUCUGCUGUCUGAAGAGCCCUGCGGUGAACUUUGCUGCUCAGUAUAUGAGAGAUUGUCAGUGCCAGAGGACUCUGGUUUGGGGAGCUCUAUUGAGGACAAGGACAGACAUACUAAGGGAUUUUUAAGAGUGCCAAAGCAUAAGUUUUCAGACAGUUCCUGCACAAACUCUGAGGAAUUCCUUUCCCUAACGGAUAAUGAGGGUAGCGAGAAGGAUAUUAACCGGCUCUCCAUUUUCCCAUUCCCUCCUUGCUCUGGCUCCAUGCUUCGAAGGACAAGAGAAGACUACCUGCUAGACUCAGAUGCCAGGUUUGACUUUGACUCCUGGGAAAGUGAAGAAAAUCUAACAGUUUCAGGCCGAAAGGAGUCCCUGCUGUCAAUGUCCUGGAGCUCCCUAGCUUCCCAGUUCUUCCCAUCCGAUUUGACGGUAAUUCCGAAGAGCCCCAGCACCCCAAACUUGAUUGAACCCGACUCCUUUGAAUGUUCUCAGAAAUCUCCCCGAAAAGAGCUGAGCUCUCCCACUCCAGUACAAUGCAUAGGAGGACUGGCCGAUGACAUCACCAUUAUCGGGGGCAACCGCACUGGCAUGUUUGUGAGUCACGUGAAAUCUGGCUCAGUCGCUGAGCAGUGUGGCAUAUCAGAGGGAUGCCAGGUGAUUCAGCUGAAAAAGGUGCUGAUGGGAGGGGAAGACCUGCAACUUAACUCCUGUACCAGGGAGGUGGCACAUUUCAGCCUACAGUGGUGGACCGAACCCUCUGCUCUCAUCUUCAAGCCCAAUUUGGAAGAUUACAACAGCCUAUGUGAGGAAAUGCAGAACAAAGAAUUGUUUUUUCCUGACUCAUUCUAUGUGAGAGUCAACUUAAACCUAAAUAAGCAGUCUGACAAACAUGCGCUAGCUGUUAAGUGUGACGAAAUUCUCCACAUCCUUGACACUCUUUAUGACGGCAAGUACCAGUGGUUCUGUGCCAGGGUGGAGGUGACAACUGGAAAGGACCAGGAAAUGGGAACUAUCCCCAACUACAGCAGGGCACAGCAGCUACUUUUAGUAAAGCUCCGCACUCUGGCCCUGGGCAGAAAGGAUUUUAGACACAAGUUCACCAAGAAACCCACCGAGCAAGUACGGCUGGUCAAGACAGCCAGCUGCCGAAAUGUGAGCUGUGUCGUGCCACUGCUGUUCACCCUUAAUCACAAGCAAGAGGAGAACCUGAUUCCAUACAGCCUUGUUCGACCCAUCCCCGUCAAGUCAAAACGUCCCAUCAUUUUCUCGCCUUCUCUUCUGUCAAGAGGCUUGAUUGAGAGGUUGCUACAGCCAGCACAGUCCGGAUUAGAGUUCAACACCUGCCUCCCAGAUGUAAUAGGAGCAACCAUGAAGGAUCCAAAAAUAUUUCCAAUGGAGGGUGAGCAAAGCAGCCAACGACAUGGGAUAAAACUGGAUGCAAUACGUGACAUUAUGGGCCAGGAUAAACACUGUCUCCUUCGACUUGACAUCCAGAGUGUGACGGCUUUAAUUAAACAUGAUAUUUUCCCCAUUAUCAUUCACAUCAGACUGAAGGAGAAGAAGAUUAAAAGGAUCAGAAAGCUGUUUCAAGGCUCCUACAUCAAGUGUAAAGACUCGGAGAUCCUGUCUCUAUACAAAACAGAGGAGCAGCGUCUUGAGGUUCUGCCUCUCCUGCACUGCAACAUUGAACCCGAUAUGUGGGACACAGUGGAGGACAUGACAGCUGCAGUCCACAAGAAGAUCCUUCAGGAGCAGAAAUCGAUGGUGUGGGUUGAAUGUGAAAAGUUCUAAAAAGGGUUUGAAGGAAUGGUCAGUAUUAUCACUGCAGUUGGGGAAAUUUUUAGAAAUCAAGAAGGUGGCUCCUCAGUGGGCGUCUUCUAUGGCUUUGCCUGCUGCAGUGGCUUUACUUCAGCUGGUACUUCAUCUCCUACCUGAACUUUCAAACUAGGUUAACACUACAGUUAAACGAUAUUUAGGUGUCGCAAUCUUCAAGAACAUAUUCAUUAAUAUGCUGUAUACCGUGAUGAACUUGAUGUACAGUGUUUAAUAAUUUAGAACACCAGCAUUACAUUACAUGCAGCAUAAAACUUUAUGAAGUGGGAAGAUCAGGAGUUCAACAUAAAGCCACUAUUGAUGGGUCAAGUAACUGGUCAGAAAUUAUUUAACAGUUUGUCUCAUACAAGUUGUAUGAAUGUAGUAAUGGCUGAAAGCUUUUGCCUGGAGGGUCAUCUUAAAUUGAUAGCUGUGUAAAUUAGCUUAAUUACAGCUUGUAAGCUUUUUAAGGGAAGCCCAAAAAAAAAAAAAAUUCAUGAGCCUCUUGACAGGUGGUGGAGUGAAAAGAAUCACUCAUUGUGGGUCACCACUGCUAAUGCAGCCGCAAUGGGUGAUGUGAUGGAAAUUCUAGGACAGCUGAAUAGGAUUAAUUACCUUAGCUGCACAUCCCAGCCCAAGCUAAAGAAAUUCAUGAGUAAAUAAUCUUCAGCCUGUUCCCAAGCUCAUCAUGCAAUUCACUGUUGAUUUCUCUGUUAUGUAUAUGAACUAUGGAUAAGGAUUCUUGAACUUCAGUAGCUUUUCACAUCUAUGCGAUUUUUUCCCUUUAAAUUCAAGAAUGAAAUUCUUGCCAUGUGUUCAUAGUAUCAUGAACUCCUUUCUUGCAUAUCUCCUACAGACUAGUGAUAGCAGUGACACCAACAAUAGAUACUGAGCACAACAGUGUACAUUAAGGGCAACAUCCAGGCAUCAAUGAAAAACACUCAUGCAUUUGUCAGUAUAAGUAUCUGUUGAGUCAUCUAAUGGCUCGAGGUGGUGUGAGUACUAAUACUCGUGUAAGGUUGCCAGAAGAGAUAAAUUAGAGAAGUAUCUACUCAGAACCGCUGAGGUAUUUAGGGACGACAACUCCAAGUAAUUAAAAGCUUCUGACCUUCUCCGCAGUCUCCCCUUCGGUGUAGAUUAGAGUUUGGUCAUCAGACAGCUUCCUAAUGUCUAUGUCUAGCUCUUUGGCUUUCCCAAAAAUGAUUUCCCUGGCACCACACUGUCAGAGGGAAAUUCACUUCACUAUCAAUUCAACUUACUAUAUGUUGUCAUUAUACCCAUCAAAGACACAGAGGAUAUUCUCAAGGUAAAAAUCUUUCUACAAGUGAUAAAAGGACUGCAGCAGCCCAUGGUGGUCCCGGUUCGCUCCACAGUCCCUUGCAGGUUGAAUCCGGAACCAGUGAUAAGAAAACCGAAGAAGAGCCAGGCAAAUGAGGACACACACACUCAGCAAGAGAUUGUGUAAAGUGUUUCAGUGGUUUUAUUUUAAGCAGUGUCCAGACAUACAACGCAGUCCUCUCUAUAAAUAAAUAAUCGGUAAAAACGAGAUGCAAAGUGGAGGUUAAAAUCCAAUAAAUAACCAUUUAAAAAUGAGGUUAGAACACAUGCAGGUCUUCCUUUAUGAAAACUAUGAGCCCCAGUGCCUCUUUCUAAAAUGAAAGGCCAUUAGAGCCUUACAGCUCGAAGAGAUGCCCACCAACAGCUGCAGUCAUUAAAAUCCAGCUUGUGUCCCUCACGAUUCCCCAAUCUUACACUGGUGACCCCAUGAUCACUGCUCCUCGAUAUCUGCAGAAGCCUACACUGAGUACAUGGGUCACCCUUGCUCUGUGAAUUAUUCAACAGGAGUGACCCUCUUGAGCCGUAUUGAGUGCAGACCACACGCUCCCCUUGCUGGGACUCAAUCAUCUGCCUCCAUCCCAAACAGCACAGGCUCUCCCGAUCCUCCUCCUCGCUCUUCUUUCCCUUAACCUCCAUUCUUUUUUUUGUUUUUCUUCCCUUUCACCAUGCAGGCUCCCUUUUAUGCACCAAUUGGAUGCAGAUGCUACAAUUAUUGACUCUGCGGUGUGAGUGAAGCA